GGAGCACAUUGAGUUGUUAGUCUCCGCAGAGCUGUCGCGCUGUGAGCUCGUUCUUGUCGGGCGGUCAAUAUGAAAAACAGAGUCUUCGACGUCUGGAAUUAAAAAAUCGUUUUCCGAAGCGUCGCUAGUCCAUUAACGCUGAAAAAGUUGUUCGGGCGGAAACGCCACUCGGUUGGGCAACGUGAGAGUGAUCGAAGCGCAAAAACCGCUAAUUUUGCGUGUACGUUUCCCAUUAGUUCGAAAUAUCAAUCGCGAUUCGUUCGGAGAUAAAGUUUGCCGCAAACAUCGAAGUGGGAAUUAGUAAAAGAGCGUUUUGGGGCUUGUGGCAAUUGACGGAUUAAUCCUGACUAUUGUUGCAUUGGCCCCGUGAAAAUACUGCGUCGUUCGUUAACCGUAUUCGGCAACAAGUUAAGUCGUCGAAACAAAAUUCACGAAAAUGAUGCACGCCAUGAGCGACCAUGCCGUCUUGCCCUUCGACGGCAUGGGCCUCUAUCCACAACCACGACCAAGAUUCGUUUACAAGAUGCCUAAAGUUGUGCCUGAUCAGAAGAGUAAAUUCGAAAACGACGAACUUUUUCGGAGGCUCAGCCGCGAAUGUGAGGUACGAUAUACUGGGUACAGAGAUCGUCCUUUAGAAGAGCGCCAAAGACGUUUCCAAGAUGGUUGCCGUGAAGGUCAUAUCGAACUUGCGUUCGCUGCUUUCGGGACCAACUUGCAAUUGACCUUCGGUCCAGCAGCAGGAAACUACGACGGUGAACGGAGCGUGUGCGACUUCGACAAGGAACGUGGCAAGGUGCACAUGAGAUCGAAUCUCAUCCUGAACGGCGUAUGCGUGACGUGGCGCGGCUGGUUCGAUCUUCAGCGCUUGGACGGGGCUGCAUGUCUCGAAUUUGACGAAGAGUCCGCCGCCCGGGAGGACGCUCAAUUGCGCGCUCAACUAGAUUGUUACAACGAUAGAAAACGCCUCUUCGAAGAAAAGCAACGCGCUUACCGAUCCGGAGCCGCUCAGCACCCCCAUCUCAAUCACCAUCAUCACCACCAUCAUGUCCAUCACAACCACCAUGUUGCGGGUGCAGGUGCCGGUGGGGCCGAAUCCCAUGGCGAAAUCGAGGUCGGCCUUCGCGCAUACUGAGUUAGCAGAGUUAUCGUUUAUUUACAAAGCGGAAAAUAUACACACAGUUUUCGAUGCAAUACUAAAUGACUCGGACUCGAUAGGCGGAGACGACCGCUUGGUCUCACGUGCCCACAGCGUUAUUGGGCAAUCGAAACGAUCGAAGGAGAAAAAACGGCAUUCGUCGGGUCGAUCCAUUUUUAAAGAACCCCGCGAUUUAGGACGCACCUUCGGCCUUUUCCGCUUUCCCAAUUCCACCACCUUUUCCGCCAAUCGUACUUCCUCCAUUCUUCCGCAGACCAACGUCGAUCGUUUUCACGUGAAGUUUAAUUCUACGCAAGUCGUCAUUCAAUGUUCAUUUAAUCGCUGCAAUUAGCUUGGAACUAAAAUCCAAGUUUGAUCUCGAAUGAAAGUACGACUUUGAAUGGUUAUCGAAUUUUCGUAAACUCGGAACAAGCUCAAACCGAGAGUUCAGCUAAGUCGUGGGGUGCUUCAAAUUUUUUGAUCCAAACGUCUUGAAUCAUAACCAACCCAUGUAACACGAUUCCAAUCGAAUAAUUGGCUAUAAUCAUACUCAAAUUAGUGCUCCUCUAAUUUUAUGCUAGUAAAAAUAGCACGAAUCGUUUUCUUUCAUAGUACAACCAAGUUUUUUUUAUAUUCAGAAUUUUUCACGUUUCAACGAAAAUCUUUGACUCUACAAAAAAUUAAUUUUAUUGUGUCUUAAUCUGUUUGUUGUUGAAAAACCAAAUGGUCGCAAGUGAUUUCGUCAAAAUAAUUUUACUGCCCGACACACCGUGAGCUCCCAAACGCACCGUUAUGCGUUAGAAGAUUAAAAAUAGACGUGAAGUUUAGGGUUGAGUUAAAUUGAAGAAUUGAAAUUUUAUUUCAACGUCGUGAUUAUCGUUUCAAAUUCAUUGUGAGUUUGGUCGGGCUACAAAUGAUGUUAGAUUUCAUUUAAAAAACUUGAGCUUCUACUCUUUUCUAUUUCACAUCGUCUUCCCCAUGGGAGAUUUUUUAUUUUCCUUUCUAUUUUUUUUCUUCAAUUUAUUCUUCUUUAAUUUCGAGACACGCGUCAUUCGCGAGUCUCAUUAAAUUCGCACUAUCACGUAUGUGUAUGAGAUAUCCGUCGAGUUUUGUUGCAUAUUUUAUUGUACAUAUUUGUAAAGAGUUUAUCGAUUAAAUUUUAUUUGUGACAAAUAAA